GCCGACCUUCGAGUUAAGCGUCCACAGUACAGAAUUCGUAUUCAUCAUGAAGCUGAUACUGAUGGUGCUGAGUUCCGCCGUCGCAGGCCUGAGCACAGCUGACACGCGGCAGGCCACACCCAACCCACGGCACCUCUCCGUCGGGCUUUCCUUCGGGAUUGGAGGUCACGGCCACGGAGGCUUCUAUCCAGGGUUUGGAGGAGGCUUCUAUCCAGGCUUUGGGAGCGGCUUCCACCCUGGCUUUGCCGGUGGAUUCAACCAGGGCUUCCCAGGUGGCUUCUACCCUGGAGGCUUUGGAGGAUAUCACCCGGGAACUUUUGGCAGCUUUGGAGGAGGUUUUGGCGGGAACUUCGGCGGUGGACAUGGAGGCUUCUUCGGCUGAAACUCCCGAGGAAGGUGAAGUUCACACCGCUCAUGACAGAGGGAGAAGUUGUGGAAUAAGGACGGGGGAUUCAAGUCUUAUCCGCGACCCAGACUGAUUAAGAAGCUAAACUAACUUCUAAAGUAUUUUGAUAACAAAAAAGAAGAAGAAAAGGAUUGAAAAUCUUGUAAAAAUUCUAUGGACUGGCCGUCACACUCAUCUCCCAUCGUAUUUCCACCACCGCGCCUUCAGAUCACAAUUUCACGCCAUUUCGCACUAAACAUGGACUUUCAUCCCGACCUCAUCUAAGGGCCGUAUCCAGAUUUCCAAUAAACACACGCCUAGAAUCCCUAAAAUUCCUGCUAUGACGCUGGAAGGGUAAACAAAAAAAAGGCAACAGGUGUAAGGAAUAACCCUCUCAUAUCACUUUCGGCUUCCCCCUCCCCCUCCCUCUCCCCCACGCUCGUCUAGUCACUUUCACGCCAAGUUCUCGCCAGGCUGCUUUUAUUACCUGAUAAUAAACUGAAAACAUGUAAUAAAUGCUUUGAAUGAUA